AUGUCGGAUGCAUCGGGCUCAGCAUCGCCCACUCCUCCACCUCGCAAAAAGGCAGCUAAGACGGGCCAGCCACCAGCCAAGAAGUCUCGCCCGAGCCUUCCCUCAGCCUCGUCGUCGUCUUCACGUCCGCCUCUCGUUCCUGCGAGGAGCUCGUCCUCCUCUGCAACUCCGGGUGGCUCUACGCCUAUUCCCGGGCAGGCAGGGGGCGCCAAAGAGCCCGGCUUUCCCUUCCUUGUCGAUCGAAGAGACAGUGACGGCAACCGCCCAGGCGACGCCGACUUCGAUCCUCGCACUCUACGCAUCCCAUCCGCAUGGUGGGGCAAAUUCACCAACUUCGAGAAGCAGUAUUUUGAGAUCAAGCAAAACAACAUGGACACGAUCCUCAUGUUUCAAAAGGGCAAAUUCUACGAGAUGUUUCUGGAGGACGCCUACACGGUCCAUCGUGAGCUCGACCUCAAGCUCACUGAUCGAGGUAGGAUGCCCAUGGUCGGCGUGCCUGAAGCUUCCUUUGAUCUCUUCGCUACCAAGCUCCUCGCUCUAGGCUACAAGGUCGGCCGCGUCGACCAGAUGGAGACUGCCGUUGCAAAGGGGAUGCGAGACAAGAGCAGCGGCGACAUCGUCCGACGAGAGCUACGCCACGUCAUGACUUCGGCGACGCAAAUCGACGGCUUGGAAGACGACCUCGCCACCUACUGCAUUGCCAUUGUGGAGGAGAUCGGUGAGGAUGAAGAAGGCCGCGAGAUUGUCUCCUUUGGCAUCUGCUCGCUGGACGCUGCUACGAGUGACUUUGGCCUCUCGCACUGGGUCGACGAUCAGCAGCGUAGCCAGCUGGAGACCCUUCUGCUCUCUCUGCGCGUCAAGGAGGUCAUUCACAAAAAAGGUCAGCUCAGCAAGGACACACUUCGCCUACUCCGCAAUUGCACUAGCGCCGAUUGCCGCAUCACGAUGCUGCGCGAGGGCAAGGAGUGGCUGUCCCGUGAAGAGACUGAGGACGAGCUUGUCAACCUCUUUGGCGGCGACGAGGCCCAGAUUCCGGAGGCCAUCGUCGCCAUGCAAGACAAAGAGAUAGUCAUGUCGUCUAUGGCGGGCAUGUUUGCCUACCUCAACCAACUAUCGCUCCUCAAAGACCUCACAUCAUCAAAGAACUUCAGCCUGCUCGAGCACCGCAGGACGGCCAGCGGGCGACCUAUGCACCUCGACGCCAAUACCCUCAGCCACCUCUGCGUCCUACAGAAUGAAGAUGGCUCCGACGCCGGUACUCUUCAUCGCCUCCUCAACCGCUGCGUCACUCCCGCCGGCAAGCGCCUCUUCAAGCACUGGCUCACACAUCCACUCUGCGACGUCGACGCUAUCAAGGCUAGACAAGACGCCGUCGACGAUCUCCUAGGCAAUGCCGAGUUUGAAGACUGCUUUGCUACGCUGAAGAAGUUGCCCGACUUUGAGCGAUUGCUACCCAAGGUCUACUCAGGGAAGAUCAAGCCUGGCGACUUCACGCGUCUGCUCACGGCCUUCAAGAAACUCAUGCCCAUCGUCAAUGACCUGAAGCACGCCAGCGCUGAUUUCAAGUCUGCCUUGGUCCGCGAGCUGCUCAAUUCGGUGCCGGAUGUUGCCUCCCUUGCCAGCGAGCUCGAUGAUUCCUUUAUCGCCAACGAAGACGGCUCCUUCCAACCUCGUGAGGAUGUUGACGAGGCCUAUGAUACCGCGCAGGCGCACAUCGAUGAAGUCGAAGGAGACUUGGAGAGCGAGCUUCGAAGCUACCGCAAGCUGCUCAAGCUCGGCGCAGAAAAGAAGGGCGGCUGCAACUGGAAGCAUCGAGGAACUAACGAGAUCUACCAAAUCGAGGUGCCGGUCAAGACCAAGGUGCCCAAUGAUUGGCAGGUCAUGUCAAGCACGACGGCGACGACGGGCUACUAUUCUCCGACGGUGCGAGCUCUUGUCCUCAAGCUGAAGGAGGCGCGCGAGACUCGCCUUGCUGCACUCAAGGAGUUCCACGCCGGCUUAUUUGACCGCUUCAAUGAGAACGCAUCCUCCUAUCUCGCCGCCGUUCGAGCCUUGGCCGAAAUCGACUGUCUGCAAAGCUUGGGCCUGGCUUCCUACGCCAUGGGGGAGCCGACCUGCCGACCGGAACUUGUCGAAUGCGACACGGCCCUGGUGGACUUUGAAGAGCUACGCCACCCCUGCAUCGCCGGUUCCACCGACUUCAUCGCCAACGACAUCAAAAUGGGCGGCGACAGCGCUGAGGUCAUCCUCCUCACCGGUGGCAACAUGGCUGGUAAGAGCACGACGGCUCGCACGACGGCUACAGGCGUCAUCCUUGCUCAGCUGGGCUGCCGCGUCCCGGCCAAGUCUGCCCGCAUCUCACCAGCAGAUCGCGUCUGCACACGAAUGGGCGCCAACGACCAGAUCUUCAAGAAUAGCUCCACCUUCAUGGUCGAAAUGCUCGAAGCAAGUCGCAUCGUCAAGGACUGCACGCCUCGCUCUCUCGUCAUCAUGGACGAGCUCGGCCGCGGCACCAGUACAUUCGACGGUCACGCCAUUGCGCACGCUGUGCUCCACCACCUGAUUGCGCGCACGCGUUGUCUCUGCUUCUUCCUCACCCACUACCUCCAGCUUGCAUACGAUUUCCAGGGGUAUCCGCGCUGCGCCAACAAGCACAUGGCCGUCGUCGUCGACGAUGAGAAUCGCCAAGUAGUCUUCACCUAUCGGCUCGUUGACGGGGUCGCAGAGUCAUCCUACGGAACGCAGGUGGCCCAUCUCGCCGGCGUGCCGGAGAGCAUCUGCGACCGGGCCAACGACAUCUCGCGCGAAUUUGCAGAGGACACCAAGAAGCAUCAACAGCAGAGGACCACCUCCGCACUUCCUAUGGCCACACUCAGUGACUUUGCCUACCUCUUUGGGCUCGGGCAAUCGAAGGGAGAGAGCCGCGCAGCCGUGGAGACGAUGGACGUUGAGCCCCGACAGGUCGCAUCGCGCCUCGAAGUCAUCAGGGCGCAGAUUCAGAGGGUGGCACAAAAAUGCGAGGGCGAAGACGGCGGGGACAUCAUUAUGGAGGACGCGGCUGCGGCUGCGGGUCCUUCGUCUUCUCCCACUUGUACGUAG